AUGAAGUUGAAUUACUUUGGAAUUGUUAUCUCAAAUUUUAUGCCAAAAACGGCAAAAGUACGCGUUGCAAAAGAAAAGUUCCAUCCAGUCAUCAAAAAAUAUGUAACAAAAUACCAAAACUAUAUGGUACAGGAUGAUCGUGGAUGUGGAGUUGGUGAUGCUGUAGUUAUUCAGCCUUGCAGACCGCGUUCUGCGACAAAGAGAUUCGAAAUUAUAAAAAUACUACAAGAAGCAAAUCGCGUUUCUCCCAAUGCGUUUUCUACAUCCAACGAGACACCAACUGAAUUAAAAUCAUAA